AUGCGACAACCCCCCGUCGCACUCGCAGCACGGCCGCUGGACACGCCGCAAGGUGAGUCGCCACUGCUGCCCGAUGCUGCCCCUCCAUCCUCUCACACCCCCCUGACACCCCUCUCACACCCCUCUCGCCCCCGCCUUCAAGUUCUCUCACCUGUAGCAAAAUCCCUAAACAUGCUAACGUGCUGCCGUGCUGCCAUGCAGUUGCGGCUCUUAGGCCUGUCACCCAUCGGCGCGCAGCAAUCAACUGAACCCCUCAGCCUCCCCCUCCCCACUGUCCGCGCCUGCGACCCAGCCACUGCGCCUGCACCCGCCUCCGCUCCCCCUUCCAUCCCCGGAUCCGCACCAGCACCCGGGGCUGACCCAAGCAGCAGCGGCAACAGCAGCAGCACCAAUAGCAGCAGCAGCAGCAGCGCCAGCAGCGGCGGCAGCGCGCCGUUCAACAUGUCAGCAGACAGCAUCAAGCACGGUUACGACUUCUCCUGCCUCUUUAAAGACGUCCUUAGCACCGACUGCCGGAACAAACCCGCGAGCCCCUGGGCCGUUAUGACCGCCAUGAUCAUCUUCACUAUAAUCGGACUCAUUAUAGGCGUGCCUCUCUGCAUCCUCUACCGCAACAGCCAGGCCGCGAAGAGAAAGCUCUUCGCGUGUUGCUGCCCGCAGAGAUUGGAAGAACUGGCGGAGGAGGAAGAGGCGAAGAGAAAGGCGAAAAUCGCGCAGCCGAGGCCGUGGGAGCUGCAGCAGCCGGGGAUGACAUUCUCUCUAAAGGGCAGCGGCAGGGGGGAGGAGGAGGAGGAUGGGGAGGAUAGCGACUGGGUGCGGUCGGAAGAUGAGGAGCACGUGGAGUGCGGGCGAGGGAGGGGGGGCGGCAGCAGCAGCAGCAGCCGGGAUGUGAAGCCGCCUGUUCCGCGCUCAAGGAGCUCCCAGGGAGGCACAGCAGCAGGAACAGGAACCGGAGCAGCAGGGGGAGUGCCGCGGGCUGUAUCGGGUGGUUCCUCCGCCUCUGGUGGUGGUUUCUCCAGUGGUGUGCGGCGAGUGGCGGCUGCUGGGCCCGCAGGCAGAGGGAGGGGCGGCGGAGGGAUGGGGAGAGGGAGAGGGGGAAGGGGAGGCAGAGGGGGAGGGAGAGGAAGGGGAGUGCCGCGGGCGAUGUCAGCACAGGGAGCAGUGACGCGCUCAGUCUCUGUGGAGGCUGCAGCGCCAGGGAGGGGAGUUGCGGGCGGGCAAGGUGUGCCCAGAGCGGUGUCUGCAGAAGCCGCCAUGCACACGGGAGCGGACAGUCAGAGAAUGCUGCCAGGGGGAGCAGGUGGUGCUGGGGUGGGCGGUUUUGGUGCAGGAGGCACAGCAGGGACAGCGGAUGGGCUGACCCGGGCCGGUCCCAGAAGCACCGUGCGUUUCAUGAGCAGUGAUGGGCGAGACGAGCGGGAGCACUGUGGCGGGAGACGGGAUGAGGAUGAAGAGGAGGAGGAUAUGGGCGGGGGUGCGGAGUAUGAGUAUGAUGAUAUUGACAUGGACUCGCCUGGGGGGCAUGGCGGUGCGUAUGCAUCAUACAGCCAUGGCAGGAGCGGCAGCGCUGCUGCUAUUCGCCAGCCGCCCCGCCACAUGCCGGCACCCACACGCGACUAUGAUGACGAGGAUUCGGACCCGGAUGACGUGGAGGAAUACACUCCUGUGAGGGGGCCACGUCAGCAGGGGAUGUCCGGGCGGCAUGAGUAUGAGUAUGACUCGGGACCAGGGAGUCGGAGGGGGCUGGGAAGUGGAAAGAGGGUAGGGAUUGGACGGGAAGCAGGAAGGGAUGAUGGGAGGGAGGAGGCACGCAGACCACUGCACGCGGCAAGAGGUGAUGAGAGAUAUGAUUCGGAUGAGUCAGAGGAUCUAUAUGAUGAUUGA